AGGACAACAUGGUGCAAUCGUUUGUGCAUUUUUUGCUGUUAUGGAUGUCAAUGUCUAGUGUUGAUGCAUUGGAAGGCCCCUUCCAACUGACAAAAAGCUUCAUUAUUGAUAAGCGGGACAGGCGUAGUACUCACAGUGAUGAUAGAAGUGGUCGACUAAAAGCCAAAACUAUAACAGCUGGUGAUGUGUCAGCAGGAAGUGUUGAUGCCGAAAACAUUAUGGCAGAUCGCAUAAAGGCAGGUACAAUAAGAGUAAAAUAUUUAAGAGUAACACGAAAACGGAACCGAGAACAACCUCUAGAUAACUCACCGAGAAGAGAAGAAUUUAGUAAAGAUAAAUUUGUCUCAUCAGAUGGAAAACGGAUUAACCGGCAAGACAAAAGUGAAAAGUCGUCUGCAAAUAAUGGACUAAAACCAAAAUCGAAACAAGCAAUUGACAAACAGAGACCUCUUAAAAGAAAAAGAUCGAAGAUUAAAUCUGUGCCGACCGAAAAGGAUUUAUCGAGAGAAGGACUUCAUUCUGUACAGCCAAAUGAACGUGAACCGGUAGUAAAAGCAGCGGAAACAAUACACAAUGAGAUCCCACCUACACCGACACGACCCCCAGGAAUAAACGAAAAGUCUGGAUUACUAAAAGCAAAAGAAAUUAAUUCUAGAAACAUUCAAUCAAGUUUUGUCAAAGCCAAAAAUAUAAAAGCUGAGAAAAUACGUGCAUCAACAGUUCACAGUGAUAGUGUUACUGUGAGGAGAAAAGGUGAUCGCUUUGAGCGGCGGAAGCCAGUCAGGUCGGAAUUCAAUGUUUGGUCUGAAAUACCUGAUAAAAACAAGAAACAUGAAAUAAUUAAACCAGCAAAGAUACAACUAAACGGGGAUGGACAGAAAAUACCAUCUAAAUCAAAUGAAAUAAAUUCAAAGCUCUUUCCAACAACCCCACCAGAGUUCAGCCCACACAAUAAUCAGCCUUACCCAUUUGUAUCACGUUCGACGCAUGUACGAGAUAAGACAUUUCCUCGUCUGAAAAUAUCUUUGUCAGGAAAGGAUGACGAAGAAAAGGAAAACGAUCCAAAUUCACAUAGAAUGAAAUCAAAAUUAAACAACUUUCAGUUUCUUGGUUUAUCCGAUAAUUACUCUAGAAAUUUACAAACUGAGAAACAGACAAACCGGCGACAUCCUAGUUCAGCUGGGGUUACAAAUAAACUGGAUGCCAACAGAUUUAUAAUAAAUCGAUCCUCUAUGAAUACAUUUCUGAACUGAUAUUGUUGUUAUGAAAAAGUUUUGUUUUUUUAAAUUAAUUUGCUUCAUAGUGAGCAUGGAAAAAACGGGGAAAAAACCAAAAUAUUUUGAAUAAACUACAAAUGCAAUAAAAAAAAUUACGAAAAAUAUUAAUUAUCACUGAGUAUGCAAUAAAACAUAAUA